CGGUCACGUGAUGCCACCGGGCUCUCUCUCACGGCUCUGAGGUGGAGCUGCGCCGCCAUUUUCCCCUCUGCUCCCGUUCUCUGACACUCAGCGCCGUUCGGCGGCCAGUACCGGCGGGUCCCCGGCGUGCUUCAAGGGAGUGAGCGGGGCCGGGAGUGUCCGUGUGAGUGGGGCACGCUCCUCUCCAUGAGCAGGUGUGCGGCUGGUCUGGUCACACCGGAUCCCAAGUCUCCGGCCUCAUCCCUCUGAUCUGUGCGGGUAGGAGAAGCUGCCAUGUCCGGGCAGAGCAUCACGGACCGCAUCACGGCGGCGCAGCACAGCGUCACCGGCUCCGCCGUCUCCAAGACCGUGUGCAAGGCCACGACCCACGAAAUCAUGGGGCCCAAGAAGAAGCACCUGGACUAUCUGAUCCAGUGCACGAAUGAGAUGAAUGUGAACAUCCCGCAGCUGGCGGACACUUUAUUUGAAAGGACGACCAACAGCAGCUGGGUGGUGGUCUUCAAGUCUCUCAUCACGACUCAUCACGUUAUGGUGUACGGCAAUGAGCGCUUUAUCCAGUAUCUGGCAUCACGCAAUACCCUCUUCAAUUUGAGCAAUUUUUUGGACAAAAGUGGACUGCAAGGUUAUGACAUGUCUACAUUUAUACGACGUUACAGCCGCUACCUGAAUGAGAAGGCUGUGUCAUACAGACAAGUUGCUUUUGACUUCACCAAAGUAAAAAGAGGGGCUGAUGGGGUUAUGAGAACAAUGAACACUGAGAAGUUAUUAAAAACCAUGCCCAUCAUACAGAACCAAAUGGAUGCCCUGCUCGAUUUCAAUGUAAAUGCCAACGAGCUGACAAAUGGCGUCAUUAAUGCUGCAUUCAUGCUGCUCUUCAAAGAUGCCAUCAGACUGUUUGCUGCCUACAACGAAGGAAUAAUUAAUCUUCUAGAAAAAUACUUUGACAUGAAAAAGAACCAGUGUAAGGAUGGCCUGGACAUCUACAAGAAGUUUCUCACUAGAAUGACUCGAAUAUCAGAGUUCUUGAAAGUAGCAGAGCAAGUUGGCAUUGACAGGGGAGAUAUACCCGAUCUAUCUCAGGCUCCAAGCAGUCUACUCGAUGCCCUGGAACAACACCUAGCCUCUCUGGAAGGGAAGAAAAUCAAAGACUCAACGGCAGCAAGCAGAGCGACAACGCUUUCCAACGCCGUGUCUUCACUCGCAAGCACAGGUCUGUCUCUCACCAGGGUAGAUGAAAGGGAAAAGCAAGCGGCUCUGGAGGAGGAGCAGGCACGAUUAAGAGCAUUAAAGGAACAGCGUCUUAAGGAACUCUCCAAAAAGCCUCACAAUGCUUCCACUACGGCCUCCUCCCCCGUGUCAUCCUCGGCGGGCAGCAUAAACACGACGGCUGCCAUUGACCUGUUCUCAACACCAACUUCAUUAAACAGCAGUUCCAAGCUGCCAAAUGACUUGCUUGACAUGCAGCCAAGUUUCCACCCAGCUGUUCAUCCGCUGAGCGUGCCACCAGUAGCGAGUACAUGGGGAGAUUCUUUCUGUGGGCCUCAAGUCUAUCCUAACGCUUCCCAUUUCCAUACUGAACCCUCUACAGUAGCUGGCCUAUAUGGAGGGUUUACUCCAUCUCUAGCUGUUCAACCACAGACCUCCGGUGGCCUUAAUGUCGACUUUGAUUCUGUUUUUGGCAACAAGUCUCCCACCAACAUUAAUAUAGAUCCUACAGCUUUUGAUGACAUGGGAGGCCUGCUGAAGCCGACCGUAUCAUCUCAAAAUCAGAGCAUCCCCUCCUCUAAAAACCCACCGGGCAAGCUCGUGUCUGACGACUUGGACUCCUCUCUGGCCAACCUCGUGGGCAAUCUGGGUAUCGGGAAUGGAACCACAAAAAAUGACGUUCAUUGGAGUCAGCCUGGAGAAAAGAGACUAACAGGCGGGACCAACUGGCAGCCAAAAGUGGCCCCAACCACAACCUGGAACCCAGCGACUUUGAAUGGCAUGCAUUACCCAUCAUACGCCCCACCAGUAAUGGCUUAUCCAGCUACAACGCCCACAGGGAUCACAGCGUUCGGAAUGCCUCCACAAAUGGGACCUGUAAUACCACAGCAAUCAUUGAUAUACAACCAGCCUGUUAUGAGACCACCUAAUCCCUUUGGCCCUGUAUCAGGAGCACAGUUGUCUGCAGCCUCCAGCCCUUCCAGUCAGAGUCCUCACAGAGCGCCCGGGAAGGACCCCUAUCCACAGCUCUCUUUACAGGAUUUCUUGUAGGACCACAUAGUUUUAUUUACUUGAUUUGGCCGUACCCUGACACCAUGAAUAGCAAGACCUGCGUUGGGCAUGGCCCUCACACCGAUCACUUACAGAAUGGGCGAGGGCUGGGUGCUGAAGAACAAGACUUCAUUACUGUCCAGUUACAGAGCGGGUUACUUCACUGUAAGAUGGUUAAAGACUGGAGUGCCCAUUUAAUGGGGUGGCCAUGGCAUACUGUGACACUGGAUGGGGAGAAGCCCUUCAGCAACUGUACCGCCCGGCAUGAAGGCAGCCGCAUGAAGCCUUAUGAGCGUCGUGAAUCGGAUGGAUUCACCCUUCUCCUGUCACUUGGGGCUUCUCCGAAAUCCCACAAAGAAGAUGUAGGCUGUAUAUGUUAGAACCAUAUUCCAAGAUGGAGCCCUGAGAUCCCUACCCUAUGGCAAGGCUGAUCCAUCUAUGCAGUGAGACUAUAACCUGCAGAGAAGGGGCCCAGCCCUUUUUGGUUUCAUUCAUGCAGGAACCCCCCCCCCCCAAAAAAAAAAAAUUACUGUUGGCAAAGGAAGGAUUGGCACAUGUGGCAUCUAAAUGGAGGGAGGGAGCAGACACAAGGGGAUAUGUACACAUGGCAGAUUUGCUGCAGAAAUGUCUUCAGAUUAAAAUCUGUUCCAUUCAACUGCACUUGAAUUUUUGCAAGCCAGAUCGAGAUGAAUGGGGACAGUCACAGAAUACAUCUGCCACGUGUGACUAUACCCUUAUUGGGGGGCAUUCUGACAUCUAUGGGGGCCUCCUGGCUUCCUUGUUGCUAGAAGCAGUGGUUAAUUAGACUUGAGAUAGGCUGUUCAACUAAACACGACCGGGUGCAUAGACUAUCGAUGCCUGACAUGGAGCUUCCAUGAAGAGUCCCCACAUCCAGAUGGACAUGCUGUAGGUCGGGUGACAUUCAAGAAGCCUGGUUUUAUGGUCUUUCCUACCCCCUGGACGGUUUGUAGAUCCCCCCCCCCCCCCCCUCACCGACUGAUCCUUGAGUAUUAGGAGACGCGCCUUUCACCCUCUUUGUGUUGCUUCCUUUUGCCUCUUCUGUCCCAGUUCACUUGACUCUCCUCUUUGUAUCUGUGCUUUUUGUGUCAUGUUCUGUUAAUAAUUCCCAAUCGUUAAUUAUUUUAGGCCUGAGCAACACAGCUUUGAUCUGUUUCUUGCAUGCAGCACGUACGUUCAGCGCGCCAAGCUUUGUAUUGAGCUUUUAUUUUCUGUUCUUGAAGGUGAUCAGCCCGGAUUGUUUUGUAUGCGUCUCCCGGGGACUGGCCUGAUCCUGUGAUACAACACUCUGAUUUCUGAGCUUUUAAGAUUUACACAAAAUGUAGAAAAUGUGAAUGUAUCAUUAGUAAUACCUCGGAGCAACUGGAAUCGUAUUUUCUUCAGAACAUAUUUUGUUAGACAUCCGACUGGCUUUCUCAUUCGCAUAUCUACCGAAACGGCUUCAGGAGAAAUACAAGGCCUGUUGCUUUGACUUGUCACUAGAGAAAUACCAUGGCCUUCACAGACAUGUACAGUGCAUUCAGAAAGUCUUCACUCUCACUUUUUGCACAUGCUCCUUAAAUAAACAAAUUCCAGUUUAUUUUUUUUAUUUUUUUUUUAUUGCGUCCCCAUUGAAUGGUUCCGCAUACAGACCGCAAAAAAAAAAAAGCGGAACAGAUAAGGACAAAAAAAGUGUGUGCAUGUGCAGUGAUUACAGCCUCCUGUCUUCUUGAGGAUGAUGCUACAAGGUUUGCACACCUGGAUUUGGGUAUUUAUUUUGGCUGCAAAAUAAAGCCGUUUGCCAAAUAUCUUAUACAGUUUGCUCUGCAAAGAAGCAGUUGUGGCUUUUCAUAUAGCCACACAACAUAAAAAAAAAAAAAAAAUGUAAAUGAAAUAUUACAUAUAAAAAUAUAUUGCACAAAAGUAGUAAAACAUUAAGAAAAACUAUAUGAAUGUAAUAGGGCUGCAACGAUUACGUCAAGCAAUCGAUACAAAAAAAUCCUCAAUGCAA